AUGGCAACGACGCCUCCGCCGCCACCCCUGGGAGGAGGGAAACUGACCCAGCUGGGAGUUGAUGGAUUGGCGAGAAUUCGACGAACGCCUACGGUAUCCUCAUCACCGAAUGUUAAGGGAGAUAAGGAAGCGCAACAAGCGAAGAAUAAGGUUAAGCCAUCUGUAAGCGAAUUGAGUGACGAGUUUCUGGAAGAAGCUACUGAAAAAGAUAGCAUGAAAGCUGAACAUGUAUCGUCUUCGGGAGGGGCCUUGGCCGGCGGUGGAGGGGCGGGCAGAUGGCUGUUUGCUGAGACGCUGAGAUUGGACGAGUGA